AUUGCGCUUUCUGCUCGCCAAUCUUGUGAUCUGUCGUCCUCCACUGCAUUCUGCCGCUCUGCCAUCACCUUUCAAGACUCGCGCCUUACAUUGGGCUCGCCCCAUAAGCCCUCACUGCAAUGGCCAUGCUGCUUCCAGGGCUGGUGUUCGGCGUCGUUCUCGGCACGGCCAUCGCUGUCAUCGCAUUCAUCAGCAUCAAUCCACUUCACAAAGAUGCCUGGCGUGCCAUCAUGGCAGGGGAG